AUGGAUACAGGCCUUCGGUCUGCUAGAAACGAGCUCUUUCAGGAGCUCAAACCCAAAUGUGUCGAGCUCAGCCAGCUAGUUCUUCGGGACGAUGGUAGUGCGGCGAGUUUGAAAGCUCUGUUACAGUCCGCAACCCGGCUUCUCGCGAUAUUGGAAGGAAAGUGUCGACGGACGGAUGGCGCAUUUGACGACAAAUUGGCAGACUAUGCCUUCUUUCCGCUCUCCCAGAUCCUCCAGAGGAAGAAAACGUACAUAGACCGGCUGUCCGAGGUUACAAUAAAAUGUGUGCGGAUACUGCUAGAAUACGGUUGGAGAAGCUCAAUCGCCCUCGACCUUGCGAAGCAGCUACUGAUCCUCCUCACAUUUGUUGCUGGCGGGGUACCUGGGAAGGAGUCUACCCCUCCGCCGGAGGAGCUGAUGGUUGAAGCCUAUGGUGCCAUCGCAGCAUUGUUUGGCGCUUUGACAAGCACUCCUGGAGGAUCAACCUCUUUGGUCGAGUCCGGGACAAUGCCUGCUUUGGGACAUUGCGUGACUGUGAUAUUGCAUGGCAUUGUGGAUGGGCCAUCAGCAGUUGCACAACUUCAAGCUCUCCAAGCUUUAGAUGCUGUCUGGCACUGUGUCAAGGACCCCGAAGCUCUUUCGAACUUUUUACCAGGAACGAUAUCUGCCCUAACCAAGUCUUUGAUGCCUGCAACAGGUUCUCGAAGAUCACGGAAAGCCCUUGUCAGAGCAAUGGAAGUGCUUGGACACGUCCUUGUCUCUACUUUGAGUGACCUUCGUACGCGGAGUAUCAGAAAUGAGAAGCCAUCAGCUGAAGUGGCCACGACUGGUUCAGAUCGGACACAGAAGAAUCUUACUAUGUCUUGGCUGAAAGCAACCACUGGCCAAAUAAAACUGGCUCUUUCCAAUAUUAUCAGGCUCCGGAGUCACGAGGCUGUGGAAGUAAAGAAAGCUCUUAAUCGGUUGUGUCUCACGCUCUUAGACGAGUGUCAUGAUACAUUAUCCGAAGCAGCAUCAUUACUAGUUGAGACAUGUAUGACGCUUGCGGGAGCUGAUGAUGAGGAGGGUUUCAUUCAACGAGCAACAUCUCUUAUCGACCUUGCUUCUAUUCAUCCAGACCUAGGUGCCUUGAUCAAGAAUACCGUAUACAACUGGGUUACAAGUCUCCCUAGAGUUAUGCAGUCAAAUGAUGAAUCUGCAAAACAUGCAGCACUGGGUCAGCUUUCCAAAGCACAUGCUUUGCUCAAAGGUUUGAACCUCGAGUCCUCAAUUCUGGAGGAUGCUCUCGGAAACUCUCUACGGGAUAGCGUAGCUCUUACAAUCGAAUCUCUACCCACGACGCAAGGUGUACAGGAAGCAGAAUUCGAUCUGAACAGCCAAGCUGCAAUGACGUUAGUACCGGAUAAUGCACUGUCAAUCCAAUUCCAGCCAAUUAUAAUGGCUCAAGAGAGUCAACGGGUGACUCGAAAUCAACUCACAACACUGAUCAGUAGUCUUGGUAACAGACAAUCACAAUUGACUAUGGCUAGUGAGAUGCUCCAUUACGCACGAAGCGCAUCUGGACCAAGCUUGCUAUCAGCAUAUUGGCUCUCGUCACAACUUCUACGAUCAGCAGAGUCGGGUAAUAAGGACAUGGACGAGUUUUUCGAAUCGGCUCUAACAUUUUCUGACGAACAAGAAACUAUGAAUGAAGAGAUCUUUUCGUUCUCCCAAUCUCUCCUGGUGAACACGGACGAGGGGCCUUCGGACUGGCGUCUAAAAGCCGUUGCUCUAGAGGUUGUUGCCGGAGCAGCUCAACGUAUGAAAGAGAGUUUCAGAACGGAGUUGGUGGAUACGCUGUAUCCCAUAGUCCAAUUGCUUGGAUCACCAAAUUCGCGGCUACGUGAGCAUGCUAUCACUUGUCUAAACAUCAUAUCCAACUCUUGCGGCUACGACAACGCAAGCGGACUGGUUGUAGAUAAUGUUGAUUAUAUGGUCAAUGCGAUCUCUCUAAGACUCAACACAUUUGACAUCUCGCCGCAAGCACCACAGGUCCUCGUUAUGAUGAUCCGUCUUACUGGACCAUCUCUCUUACUCUACCUCGACGAUGUUGUAGAGUCUAUCUUUGCUGCCUUGGACAAUUUCCACGGAUACCAACUCCUGGUCGAUGUCCUGUUUUCAGUACUCGGAGAAAUCGUUUCUGUAGGAUCACAUUCAGACCAUCUGCAAAUAGAACAAACCCCAGCGAUCAACCACAGAAAGACUCGUCCAGAACCUGUAUCCACCGACGAGCUCGCCAAAUUCCUCAAACCUAAGUCUACUACUGAGGAUACAUCCCUCCCACAUGAAGAAGUUCCUCAAAAGCCUUGGAAGUCGGCCAAAACCCUCCUCGACGAGGCGACUCCAAAAGACCCUCUCUCGGACGAAGAAGACGAAGAACAAGAAGAAAAAGGAGAAGAAGAUGACUCUUCCCGCGACAUCCAAGAAAUCGCAAAAGCACCCCCCACAAAAACCUACACUAUGCUCCAAUCCAUCUCUCGGCACUCCCAACACCACCUUACCUCUUCCUCCUCCCACCUCCGCACAAAACUGCUCUGUUUGAUCCGCACUUCCGCAUCCUCACUUGCCUUCGACGAAGACGCUUUCCUUCCACUUGUGAACGAUAUCUGGCCAGUAGUAAUCACGCGUCUUUACGAUCCAGAGCCGUAUGUACAAAUCGCUGCGUGCGAAGCUGUGUCUGAAAUCUGUCGAUGUGCAGGCGAUUUCAUGAGCUCGAGAAUCCGGGACGAGUGGGUAUCUAUCAUCAAACUCGCCAACUCAGCAAAGCAGGCAGCAGAUAAGGAGAAGCGAGGGAAUGGAGGCAGAGGACGAGGUGUAUUUUCGCAGGCUAGUAAGCUGUGGGAGGGUGUAGUGGAGCUAUUGUGUGCUAUAGUGGAGUAUGUGAGGGUUGAGGAUGAGAUGUUUGAUGAGGUUGUGGAUGUGUUGGGUGAUUUGGUGUGGGAGAGGGAAAGUGUGAGGACAGCGUUGGAGGCUGUUAAUGCUGAUGCGGUGUGGUUGGUUAUGCAGAUGAAUGGGAGGAAUGGGAAGGUGGAAACGCCAUAUAUGGAUGGAUUUACGUUUCUUGAAUUGGACAGUGUAGUUGUCCUUUAG